AUGGACAUACGAGACAGAGUUCAAGAAGUAGGGAAAAGAUGUGCUCAAAACGAACCAGAAUACAAUAUUGAACAAAUAACCGAUCUGGAUCAGUUUAAAGCAAUGAAGGCCAGUCUUUCUGACGAAGAAACGUCAAAACUUCUUCUUUCUAAACUUAACAGUAUUGGCGGAUUAAGUGUCAAAGAUAAUGCUCGCAAUAUAAUGUCCAGCCACAGUAAAACAAGUUCGUUUGAAUAUUUCCUAAUACAGAUUGGCGGCACUGCUGUUGAUGCAGUCGAGGCGGCGGUUCGUCACUUGGAGGAAGAUCCGAGAUUCAAUGCUGGUCGUGGGUCAUUCGUGAACAGUGAGAAGAAGGUGGAAUGCGAUGCGAUGAUUAUGGAUGGAGAAACACUAACAGCCGGUGCGGUGAUGGCAGUACAACAUUUUCUGCAUCCUGUUUCACUCUCCAGAGCAGUCAUGGAUAAAUCGACACAUUGCGUCUUGUGUUCAGAUGGAGCCCAUAAGUUUGCUAAAUCAAUAGGUUUCACGCCUAUCCUGGAAAAUCCAGAUCACCUAAUUGUUUCGGAAGAAGAUAAAACAGCAUGUGCAAUUGAAAGCAUGCAUGAAUGUGUGGCUAGUACCCUUGAUUCAUAUUGUUGCGAUUCCGUUGCAGCCGUUGCUAUGGACGAAAAUGGUCAUUUGGCUUGUGCCAUAUCAACAGGUGGUACACCCAACAAACUGAAAGGUCGUGUUGGAGAUGCACCUCUGAUUGGUUGCGGGGGUUAUGCAAAUGAACAUGGUGCCGCAGCAACUUGUGGACAUGGAGAAUCGAUAAUAAAAUUGACUUUGGCUAAAGAGAUUGUUUACAAUAUUGAAGGAGGGCAGAAUGCUCAGGAAGCUGCAGAUAAUGCUGUGAAAAAAUUAGACUCUGACGAUCGUGUAGUACCUUUUGCUGGAGUCAUAGCGAUUGAUAAAGAAGGGAACGUGGGGAUCAAAACCAAUACUACAUUCAUGCCUUGGGCAUCCAUUAAGAAUGAUGAGAUGGAGUAUAUGUCCUAUGAAUCCGCUUAAUA